GAUGCGCAGUGGAGAGUUCCAGAGCGAGCGCACAGACAGGAGCGACAGUAAGGAGAGAGAGAGAGAGACAGAGAGAGAGGGGAAGGGAAGGGAGGAGAAGGAGGUGUCGGAUCUGCUCCAUUGGGAUUCGGCUCAGCUCUGCGCUAAAACGCUAUCGGCGGACUCGGCUUACAAAAACGGAGCUGAGCUGUAAAACGCUUUAAAUGACCGCGAGCGGCGUAUCGUAGUUGUGUUCUUCUUCGAUCAACACUCAGGCUUGGAUAAAAUCUAAACAGUCUAACAGGACUGAAGGGGAGCAUUCAUGGGGAGACUCGUCUCGCAAAGCGUCCGGAUUAUCUGACUGGAGCGUUUGGACGUUUCUAAACCACUGCAUCCAACAUCUAGAUCAAGACGUGGGCUUUUUUUGUUUUGUUUUAGCUGGGUCUGUAGACUUUUUUUCUGAAGUUCUGGUCAUGGCGGACCAGGAGGAGACGUUUGCAGUUCAGAAUUCUCCGGUUGGUUCGGAUUCAAGGGAAUUACAAAGCGACAACAAACCAGAGAAACAGAACGGAACAUCGAGCAAAUCCCCAUCUUCGCAGACAACAUACAUCCAGCAGGGAAUGGAAGGCAUAAAAGUUUACCUACACGAAAGGGAACUAUGGAUGAAGUUUCACGAAGUGGGCACAGAGAUGAUCAUAACCAAAGCCGGACGGAGAAUGUUCCCCAGCUUCAAAGUGAAAGUGACCGGAUUAAACCCCAAAACGAAGUAUAUUCUCCUAAUGGACGUAGUUCCAGCGGAUGAUCAUCGAUACAAAUUUGCCGACAAUAAAUGGUCUGUGACCGGGAAGGCAGAGCCCGCUAUGCCAGGGAGGCUCUACGUCCAUCCGGACUCCCCAGCCACAGGAGCGCACUGGAUGAGGCAGCUGGUGUCCUUCCAGAAGCUGAAGCUCACCAACAACCACUUGGACCCGUUCGGACACAUUAUCCUGAAUUCGAUGCACAAAUACCAGCCCAGGAUUCAUAUUGUUAAAGCAGAUGAAAAUAACGGCUUUGGCUCCAAAAACACUGCUUUCUGUACUCACGUUUUCCCUGAGACAGCCUUCAUCGCGGUGACAUCCUACCAGAACCACAAGAUCACGCAGCUCAAGAUUGAAAACAACCCAUUUGCAAAGGGCUUCCGUGGAAGUGAUGACAUGGAAUUACACCGGAUGUCCAGAAUGCAAAGCACCAAAGAGUACCCAGUAGUUCCUCGCAGCACAGUGCGACAGAGAGUCGGCUCCAGCCACAGUCCAUUCAGCGGAGACGUCCAGAGCAUGGCUACAACUGGCACCCUUAGCUCUGCAUACUCCCAGUGUGAAAAUGGGGUCACUAGCACCUCCCAGGACAUGCUGCCCCAGUCUGGCUCCUACCCACUUCCACAUGAGCACGGUCAGGAGUACUGCAUCAAGAGAAAAGUGGAUGAUGACUGUCACUCAGGCGAGCACAGCUACAAAAAGCCCUACCUGGAGAGUUCUUCCAGUGAGGACGACCACUACUAUCGGCCUGUUGGCUACCCUCAGAGCCUCAGUCUCACCGCUGGGCCCUACCGCAGCGAGUCCAGCCAGCGGCAGGCCUGUAUGUAUGCCAGCUCUUCGCAAGGCGCCGAACCUGUCCCCAGUUUGGAAGACAUCAGCUGCAACACGUGGGCCAGCGUCUCUCCUUACGGCAGUUGUUCCGUCACCACAAUGCAGCCGAUGGAGAGGCUACCCUAUCAACAUUUUUCCGCUCACUUCACCUCAGGGUCUCUGGUGUCCAGACUAGGAGGAGUGGGGGGCCAUGCUUCUCCACAGCUGGGGGAGGGCCAUCACGCUGCUAUGUACCAGAGCUCCAUGACCCACCAGACUCUGGGCCGCCAAUGCAGUCCCGGAGCUGGCAUCCAGUCACCGACAGCUGGCUUACAGGGAAACGAGUACCUCUAUACGCACGGCAUACCACGCACACUAUCGCCACACCAGUACCACUCUGUACAUAGUGUCAGCAUCAUGCCAGAGUGGAGUGAGAACAGCUAAGAAUUAAACAAUUGCAUGAAUUGAAGAAGAAAGAAAAGGACCAAAAAAAGAAAAAAACUGUGUCGGUUAUAUUUAUAUUUCCAAGGACAUGUUGCUGUUAAUCUUAAUAAGAACCAGAUUUCUUUAUUGAGAAAACUUGACAUUCUUUAGGUGGUUUACCAGGAGAGGUGGAACCUGAUCAUUUAGGAACUUGUCACAGGAUCUGCACUUAUAAAAAAGCAACAAGAACACAAAUGGACAUUGGGCUGAAGCAGGACCCUCAUGAAGCCUGCUCUGGUGCAGAGACACUAGAGCUGACAUUGAACAGAACAGGAAUGCUUCAGAUAGUUGGAAAGGAGAUCCCAGGGUAAAUGUGUUUUUCUGCAGCAUUCUGUAUAGGAAGCCAGUAAACAGCAUUUAUAUUUCCUGAAUGUUUAUCCUCUGUCAUAUUUGCCAAGGUUCUCAGUUUCUUUGACACUUUUGUCGCAAAAUUAAAUUGUAAAAAAAAAAUGCUGAAUUAGAAAAACAAAAAACAAAGCCUUAAGUUGGUUUUGUUGUGGCUCUUUAAAUUUUGAAAGUGGAUGUACACGCAUUUAGAUGAAAUACCUCAGAACACUUUUAUUAUGUUUAGAGAAGAAACAGCUUGUAAGGAUGUUGAUACCUCUUAAACAUUUUCACAUUUAAUCAUGUGACUUCAUAUAUUUUUGGGGAUCUGAUGAGAUACACCAACAAAGUUUAGAGCAUAACUGGGGAAGUGGAGUGAAAAUGAUACAUGGUUCUCAAAUUUCUUUUCAUGUACAAAUCUAAAGGGUGGGAUAUUUGCCUCGAUUCAGCCUCUCUGGGUCUUCUAUGCAAAUACAGCUCCAACUGUAUGUGAUAUAACUGUAAUAGCUUUACUCAACUAGAGAUUGAAUUUGUUUACUUAAAUCCUAAUCAGAUUAGAAAACUUAAUUUUAAAAUCUGUUGCAGAUGCUCAGUCUUAUUUAUGUUUUGACACCAUCUACAUUUUUCUAAAAUGUCUGUAUGCUUUAAUUUAAGAAAUUCAAUCAAUCUCUGGGUGCUGGAAGUUUAGCUCCAUCCCACUCUCAUGUUUCCCAUGGCCUAUGUAGUAAUUUCUAGCCAAAACCUUCAAGUGUAAAUCACCAGAAGGUCUUUUUUUUUCUUGAGUUGAUUUCAGCAUUUUUCAUCUUUACCUGUUCAGCAAUAAAGUAAACAUACAAAAUUUAAACAAAAGCAAUUACAUUUGUUGUAGAGACCUUUUCUUUUAUUGCAAUUUCAGCAACAGGGUCAUUUUUGUUUUAGUUUGUCAGUGAACAAUUCAAGAAUACAGUAGUACAAUGGCAGGGCACCAUCAUUUUUACAACCAAUGCCAGAAAUACUGAAUGGAAGCCUAAUGAAAUCAUCUAAAGUGUCAUUUUCUCGGGAAGUCUUAUCAGAUCUGUUGAUCUUAGUUUUUGGAUUCUUAUCCAACAAUGUUAGGAAGAAGGUUUGUAAUUUUUUCAACCACAUGCAGAGUCACACAGAUAACAAGUCAAUCUUAACGUUUUAUUUGCAAAGGCAACAAGAAUCUGCAGGAAGUCAGUUGAAAUUUCUUGCUGGUCUUAGGGGAGAACUGCAGGAAGAGAAGUGAAAAACAGGAUAAAUCUUUAAGUGAUCCGGCAGCUUGAGGUGAACCGCAGAGCGACUGAGCAAUGCCUGGAUUUCAAAUGAGAGUUUGCGAUUAGAAGCCUUUAGGUUAAUGCCACAAGUUGAUAUCCAAACCUUUUUUCCUGGUGAGUACUGUUGAGCAGGAAUCUUGCCAUUGGACAGACAUACAUUUGUUACCACUCACCAGUUCAAGGCAGAAACUGGCAGGUUUCAGACAUGACUGCAGUGCCUAAUGUGCCGUUUGACAGAGGUAACUGACAUGUCCUGCUUGUCAGGUGGAAACAGGGGAGGUUGGUAUCCUAGAAAGAACAAAUGGAGGCAGACCAGUAGAAGUGGAAGUGUGACAAUUAUGUGCAUAUUUGGCACAAGGCAUAAUGAUCGGUGUGACGAACAGAAGUAGCAGAGGGAUGCCUUAAGCUUCUGGUUCAUGCGUUCGAAUUGAUCAUUUCUUUGGGGAUAAAAAACCUGAACUGAGAGCAUUCUUGACC